AUGGAAGACCUGAAAAACCUGCAAAUAAAACAAGAAAUUAACUUUAUUCAACAAGAAAUGAUUGGAUUUUGGAUAUUUGUGGCCCUAAAGAGGGCCGUUGGGUUCGGUGGGUUUUUUGGAAGAAGGUUCUUAUUCCUUGUCUCCUCCAGUCUUCUUUGGAAGAAGAACGGCUUGGAUGUUUGGAAGAACUCCUCCCUGGGCGAUGGUCACUCCAGCCAAAAGCUUGUUGAGUUCUUCGUCGUUGCGGACGGCGAGUUGAAGAUGUCUUGGAGCGAUACGGGUCUUCUUGUUGUCACGGGCAGCGUUUCCAGCCAACUCGAGGACUUCAGCAGCGAGAUACUCGAGAACAGCGGCGAGGUAGACUGGGGCUCCAGCUCCAACACGUUGAGCGUAGUUUCCUUUGCGAAGGAUACGGUGAAGACGACCGACUGGGAAUUGGAGUCCAGCUCUUGA